AUGGCCAGGGCUCCUGCACUGCUCCUUCUGCUGGCUCUGGAGCUCUGCUGCCCUGGGAUCCGUGGCCAGAGGUACCAGUUGACAGCCAGGUUUCGUGACAGGAACAUCAACCACCCACGGGAGGGAGAACAGCUGGAGCUGGAGUGUCUGACCAACAGGGAUGACACUGGCAUGUUCUGGAUCCACCAGGACAUGGGUGGGACCCUUCACUUCAUUGUUUUCAUCUCUUCCCUGUCCCGAACCACCUUUGAGAAUGAUAAGAAGACAGCCACACGCUUCCAGGCAGAAGCCACACACUUCCAGGCAUGGAAAGAGGGCACAAUCUACCGGCUGGUAGUGAAGUCUUUCACGCCACAGGAUGAGGGGACCUAUUUCUGCCUCAUGAACAACAACCAGAUGCUGUACUUCAGCUCUGGCCAGCCUGCCUUCUUCCCAGUCACCACCACAGCAGCACCCACGACAGCAGUGCCCACCACAGCACCCACCAACCAGACUGACAUCACCCAGGACCCCUGCCUGAAGAGCCCAGCUCCAGACACCAGCAAGGAGAAAGAGCUGAAUUACUUCUGUGACAUCCUGAUCUGGGUUCCCUUGUCAGGCGCCUGCUUCCUGCUCGUCUUGGCCCUGGCAAUCACCAUCAUGCUGUGCCAACAAACCAGAAGACGAAGAUGCAGAUGUAAAAGACCUGCAUACGGGAAGCCUAAUGUGAAACCCAUCCCACCAAGCCAAUACACAUAA